UCGGUGGGUCUGUACAACCAAGGGCUGUCGGGGACGAUACCUCCGCAGCUGGGCGGCAUCUCGCAGCUGGAGACCCUUAUUAUGUCCUUCAACUCCAUCUCGGGCACCAUCCAUCCGCAGAUGGGCAAGCUCUCGCAGCUGGAGAGGCUUUACCUGGGCAUCAACUCCAUCUCGGGCACCAUCCCCUCGGAUAUCGGCAAGCUCUUGCUGCUGGAUAACCUUCAGCUGUACAACAACUCCAUCUCUGGCACCAUCCCUGCGGAUACGGGCAAGCUCACGAAGCUGAGGUACCUUUACCUGGAGAACAACGACAUUUCGGGCACCAUGCCGUCACAGCUCAACAAUGUGCCG